CCUCUUUGCUACAUCAAUUUACAAUGCGCACUCCUACUUUCCAGCGUGUCGUUGAGAUUGGCCGUGUUGUCAUGGUCAACUAUGGCCCCGAUGCCGGCAAGCUCGCCGUCAUUGUCGAUAUCAUUGACCACAACCGUGCUCUGAUUGAGGGUCCCACCACCGGCAUUGCCCGCGGUGCCUAUGCCUUCCGUCGCCUGACUUUGACUCCCUUGGUGGUCAAGGUCCCCCGCAACGCUGGCCAGGUCGUCCUCAAGAAGGCGAUUGAGAAGCAGGAUCUUGCCGGUAACUGGGCCAAGACCUCGUGGGCCAAGAAGAUUGCCUCGCGUACCCAGCGUGCUGCCAACAGCGACUUUGACCGCUUCAAGCUCCAGAAGUACAAGGCUCUUCGUCGCGAGAUUGUCAACAAGGCUGUCAAGGCCACCAAGGCUUAAAUAAAGUGCGCCGCUUGUUUAAGGUCUUUUCUUUUAUUUAUUUUUCUGACUUGUCGAUCAUACACAUGAAAGAAGAAGAAAAAAAAAAAGGGAAUAAAAAGCAUACUGUUUAUUCAUACUAUGCA